AUGGAGCAGCUUCGCUUGAAUGACAAGGUCUGUAUUGUCAAUGGCGCUGCCGAUGGACUCGGAUACUCUGUAGCUGAAGGCUAUGCUGAAGCAGGCGGAAAUGUUGCUUUGUGGUAUAACUCAAACGAUGCUGCUAUCGAAAAGGCCCGUUCAUUGUCAGAACAGCAUGGAAUUAAAGCCUCGGCCUACCAGGUUGACGUAUCCGAUGCUCAGCAAAUUCAAGGUGCCCUGAAGAAGGUCCUCGAUGAUUUCGGCAAGAUCGAUGUUUAUGUUGCAAAUGCAGGCAUGGCCAUUUCAAAACCAAUUCUUGAACAGACUAUCGAAGAAUACAAGAAACAGAUGUCGGUGAAUGUUGACGGUGUCGUCUACUCUGCCAAAUACGUCGGCGAGAUCUUCAAGCGUCAGGGUUUUGGCAAUCUUAUCAUCACAUCUAGCAUGAGUGCCCAUAUCGUCAAUGUGCCAACCGAUCAGCCAGUUUAUAACGGUAGCAAAGCCUUUGUCACUCACUUCGGCAAGUCGCUUGCCCGAGAGUGGCGCGAGUUUGCACGUGUGAACAUCGUAUCCCCUGGAUUUUUCGACACAAAGAUGGGUGCAAGUCCCGAGGCCCUCAAUGAAGCGUAUCGAAUGGCAGUGCUGGGAAGACAGGGCCAUGUCAAGGAGAUCAAGGGCAUUUAUCUGUAUCUUGCAAGCGACGCUUCAACUUAUAUGACAGGCAGUGAUUUGCUUAUCGAUGGAGGAUAUGUGUUGCCCUAG